AUGAAAAGCAUCAAACAAAAGCUUUGUUUGAUGCUGUUGUUACCCCUUCUCCCUCUGCGAAUGGCGUCACUUGCAGCAGGUUCCACAACACAUGCCACAUACAUCUCCACUUCCUUGAAAAUGCAUGAUAUCACCAGGUGUACGAAGAGGCAGACACGUGUGGGAAGUCGUGACCUGAAGGAUUAG